UACGUAUAGAAAAAAUAAAUCCAUUGAUUUUUGGCUUUGAAGGGACUUCAUAAGGUAUGAGAGUUGAAUAAUCAAAAGCAAAUAACAGAAAAAUUGAAAAUCUAAUCGAGACAAUUGAUUUUAUGUGGAUAAAAGUGUUGAAUGCAUCGAAUAAAAUUACGUAAACAGUUCAAAUGUGUUGAAUUGUUGCCACUUUAGUACCGAAAAUCGGUGUCAUUUUUUUUGGUUAUGUUUUGUUUCGUACCGAAUUAGAAUUAUACAAACUUGACCGCAAUUGAUUUACAGAAAUUCACACGAAUAAGAUGAUGUCCAUGCAGUUUUUAACGCGAAAUCUAAGGCUAAGGGUGGCUUCUUUGCGUGGUUUCAGUAGUGCGACCGUUACGGAGAAAUCAGAAAUAGCUGACAAAACGCAAAACACUGCCAAACAAACUCAAAGCAAACCAUCCAGAUCGUUAGAUCUUUUUGAGAAGCUGAAAUCAUUGGAUCAUCCACCAGCAGGUAAAGAGCAAACCGUUACCCGAUCCAAUCCAACAAGGAAACCAUCAUCAGUGUCAAAAUUUGAGGCUGGAAAAUCAGCUGUAAGUUUAUCUUCAAGCAUUUCAAAUGCAACAACUGUCACGGAAUUGCUUAAUUUGUCUGAAAAUGAUUUGACUCGCGACAAUGCAAUGUCAGUUUUAACCAAAUUAUCCGUUUGGACUGCAUCCAGCCAGGCAAAUGUAAAAGAAUUCGAAAAUGAUUACCGAUUUUUGAAAGUGUGUCGAAAACUGUCGUCCAAUAAAGCGUCAACGAAACAAGAUGUAGAAAAUUUGGUUCAAAAUCAUCAACAGAAAUCAGCCGAAUUAGAGAUGGUCUUGAGUAUCGCUGGCGAUGACGAGGCGUCGAAAAUUGUUGAAACUCUUUCGUUGCCGCAAAAAGUCAAAGUGUUUGCGUCAUUGGCCCGGAAAAAGACGCGAAGCAUUGAAGUAUUAAAGACAUUGGCGUCGACAAUUAGUGGACAUACCGGUAAACUGAACUUGAAAGAAUGCUCGGAUAUUUUGUUUGCUAUGACGAGUUUGAAUUUCAUCGAUGAAAUGCUACUGUGUCGCAUUAGCAUGGACAUAAAUCGUGGUCUACCCAAGAAUUUGGAUAAAACGGCUGUGGUCGGUUCGAUUGUAACCAGUUUGGGAUUUUUAAAAUACAAAGAGCCCGCCCUAUUGGACAAUCUAACUGAAUGGGUGAUCAAUAAACAAGAACUUUGUCGAUCAAAGGAUUUGGCAUCAUUAUUGUUGACCUUAGCUCUUGUGAAUUAUCGGCCGAAAAACUUUGACGAGAUAACAACGAAACUCUUACCGAAAAUCACUCGAGACGAUUUAUCGGCCAAUGAAUGGUUGGAUUAUGUGUGGGCACUAUCUGUCCUCGAAUUGCACCAGUCAACUCAUUUGGAGUCAAUACUUCGGCCAGAGUUCUUGGAGAAACUGACACUUGAGCAAGAAUUGAAUGAUAUUUUGCCAUCACAAAAAAUGAAACUGUUGAACAUUAAUGCGGUAGCAAAGUAUCUAACAUCGAACUACGAUGGUCCGUUCCUAAAAUCAGACUCAACAGUCAAUAACUGUCCGCUGGGAUAUCGAAAAAGCAAAAAAAUUCUGAUUCAAGGCCUGCUCGACACACUAAAGAAUCUAUUUACCACAGAUUCUUACAUCCGAACCGAACACAACACAAAGUUGGGCUUUGUCAUUGACGCGGAGUGUGUACUGAAUAAAAAUCGAAUGCCACUGGCAGUUGAAUCAACCCAUAAGGAUGCAUUCAGAGUGGCUCUUAUGGUAUUGGACUAUCAUGAUAUGUGCAAAGGGUGUAAAAAUGAUCCAAACGGUUAUAAUGCGUUAGCUUUCAAACUAUUAGCAAAAAUCGGUUAUACUGUUUUACAAAUUCCACACACUGAAUUCAGUACGAGCGAUAAAGUUUUGAAGCGAGUUCAAUAUUUAGAUACACAGCUUAAGAAUAUUGUUAAUCAAUCUAGUAAGAGAACGUAAUUGUUUGUGUGCGAUUAAAAUAAAAAGAAUAUAUACUUUGUAGUAAAGUUCGACAAAAAAACCAAAUAAAUCAAAGGCAUGUUCGAAAA